AUGUCCGCCCCCGAAACCCUUCCCGUCAUCGCCCGUCACCUCCUCCGCUACAACCAAUCCAUCCUCUCCAAAACCCACUUCCAAAGCACGGCCAAGAACCUCUACCACCAAACCUCCAGCGUCAAAGCCUUUGCGAGCUCCGAGGGCGUGCGCGGAAACGCUCGAAACAGGUAUGAUGUGCAUGGAAACGGAUAUUUCACGCACGGAAAACGGGAUGGAAUCGCAACCGCAACGAUGGAGAUGCUUGGGGUGAGAGGAUUCGGAACGGGAGCGAUGGGGGAGCGAGCGCAUGUGUCGAUUUCGGCGCGCAUUGCGGCGAGUAAGGGGGAUCGCGAGAGGAUUUUGAAGAGUAUUGUGAGGGCGAGGGAGAGGAGGGGGGUAGUGGGUGAGGGACGUGUAGAGGAGGGGAGGAUCUGGGAGGAACAGGUUUAUCCACCUGUUAAUGGGUGGUUGGUUUGA